GCCCGCAGUCACCUCCUCUUCCAUGUGCUUAUCCCUCUCACUUCCCAAACUUCCACAGAGACUUAAGACUUCAUUUUUCAACCUGAAGCUUGAGAGAGAGAGAGAGAGAGAGAGAGAGAGAGAGAGAAGGAACUUAGACAAUGGCUUUUUCGAUCAUGGCGGCAUCUUCCAUUAGAGUGCACUUUGGUAGAACGGCACCAAUUCGAUGUUCUUCCUCCUCUCCGUCCGCGGUUUUGACUCGAGCCAAAUCGCUCCAAUUUGAUCUCAAAACGUACUGGAAAAAGCUCAUUUUCGAGACCAAUCAGAAGCUGGAUGAAGCUAUUCUGGUUCAGUACCCCGACGAGAUCUAUGAGGCUAUGCGGUACUCGGUUUUGGCCGAAGGGGCCAAGCGCGCUCCGCCGGUUAUGUGCGUCGCCGCCUGCGAGCUCUUCGGCGUCGACCGCCUCGCCGCAUUCCCCACCGCCUGUGCCCUCGAAAUGGUUCAUGCGGCUUCAUUGAUCCACGACGACCUUCCUUGCAUGGACGAUGACCCCUCACGCCGUGGCCAACCUUCAAACCAUACAGUCUAUGGUGUCGACAUGGCUAUCCUGGCAGGUGAUGCGCUUUUUCCCCUUGGCUUCCAACACAUUGUCUCACACACACCCUCUGAUCUUGUUCCCGAGUCCCGCCUGCUCCGUGUGGUUGCUGAGAUUGCCCGAGCUGUUGGUUCCAGAGGCAUGGCAGCUGGACAGUUUCUCGACCUUGAGGGAGGCCCCAACUCCGUCGAAUUCGUCCAAGAAAAGAAAUUUGGUGAGAUGGGUCAGUGCUCCGCUGUGUGCGGAGGACUUCUAGCAGGAGCAGAAGACCACGAGGUACAGAGAUUGAGAAGGUAUGGAAGAGCAGUCGGUGUGUUGUAUCAGGUAGUUGAUGAUAUUUUGGAAGAACAAACAAAGCAACUCGACGCAACGGAUGAGAGUAGGAGGAGAAAAGGGAAGAGCUACGUCGGAGUAUAUGGGAUUGAGAAGGCUAAGGAGGUGGCAGAGGAGCUGAGGAACAAAGCUAAGAAGGAACUUGAUGGAUUUGAGAAGUAUGGAGACAGAGUAGUGCCUUUGUACAGCUUUGUGGACUAUGCUGCUGAUAGAGGCUUCAGUAUUGAAAGUUCAAGUUAAAACUGGGAGAGGUUAGAAGUCUCUUAAUAUAAACUACAAGUUCUUGAUUUUGCUAGUUUUUAACUAUUUUCUUUGAAGAAUAUCAAGGCAACAGGGACAGGACGGUGACCAUGUUGAUGAAAUCAGAGAGCCUUGACCCAAGAGCUGGAGAAAGAGAUAAGUUCUUAGUAGACCAAAUUAGAAAUUACAUAUUAAAACUUUACUCCGUAAGUUGAUAUUUUUAAACCUGAAAUGUUAAUGUUAUGGAAAUAUCAAAAAUAUUGAAAAGUGCCACAAAAACCAAUUAUAUAAAUAUGAACACAAAAUUAAAAAAAGAAAAGGAGGAACUCUAUAAUUUUUAAUGCCAUUGCCUUGAUGGAUCUCUGAGAGUAACUUGUUUUUAUCUUCUUACUGUCUGGUGUAGAACUCUAAUAUCUUUUUGUUUGUUAAUAUAUUUGCUUUUGGAAGAUUGUAUAA